AUGGACAAGUACGUGGUCAAACGUCCCCGCCGGGAGGUGGGGAGCGGUGGCGGUGGGAAAAGGCCGCGUCCCGCGGAGCCGGGGCCCGCCUCGGCGCAGCCCCUCUGGCGGGAGAUCCGCGCUGAGGGGCUGGACUGCGAUUACCGGCUCCUCUUCGGUAAGGCUGAGGCUGACGAGAUUUUCCAGCAGCUGGAAGAGGAGGUGGAGUACUUCGAAGGUGACAUGACAAAACUGCAUGUCUUUGGCAAAUGGCACAACAUUCCAAGGCAGCAGGUCACUUAUGGAGACCCUGAGUUGACCUACACCUACUCAGGCGUUACCUUCUCUCCUAAGCCGUGGAUCCCCGUUCUGAAGCGCAUCCGAGACCGCCUCGCUCUGGACACAGGACACACUUUUAACUUCGUGCUAAUUAACAGGUACAAAGAUGGUGAGGACCACAUCGGUGAGCAUCGCGACGACGAGAGGGAACUGGUUCCCCGCAGCCCUAUUGCCUCUGUCUCCUUUGGAGCCUGCAGGGACUUUGUUUUCAGGCACUGUGAUGCCAGAGGGAAGAAGGCAACACGCCACAUCCAACCCAUCAAGCUGCAGCUAGCCCAUGGCAGCCUGCUGCUGAUGAAGUACCCCACCAACGUGUACUGGUACCACAGCCUGCCCACCCGCAAGGGAGUGCUCGCCCCCAGGAUCAACCUCACCUUCCGGAACGUGAGGGCUCUAGCCAAGAAGUGAAACGUUCCCCAGUCAGGCACCAGGGCUUUUCUGACUGAAGACAGAAACUUUCUUCCCUGACAGCUGUCACUGUAUGCUUCAAACACUCUCUCUGAUGAUCUAAGGUACUGGAUGCACAAUGUAAGCCAGGAGUGGAGAUGCUUGGCGACAUGCUAAGAGAGGCUGUGACUGCUGAGCUGCAGUGCCCAGCAUACUUUGUUCUCCAUGGACAGACAAUUUGGAGUUGCUGCUUCAAACCCUCUGCCCCUGCCCACAAGUGCUGUAUGAGUGAAGAGCUCCUGCAUGAAUGCUGCUUAU